UAUAGAUGAAUUAAGGAAAAAUAAUUAUGUUAAAUAAAAAUAAAAAUUACUACAUUUUUUUUUUAAGUUUCCUAUUUGGAUGUGCGCGGAAUUUUAGGUAAAAGAGUAAAAUAAUACGGAGUACGGAGUAUAUAAAUGGGUAUAGCUAGGAAUAAAAAAUUUGAAAAAGUAAGAGAAAAAAAUAUAAAUGAGGACCACUGUACUAGGUAUAAUAUAAGAGUGAGAAAUAUUAUAAAAUGAUGUUGGAGUCAAAAAGAAGAGAAAGAAAUAUGUAGUAAUAUAUAUAAUGUGAGUAGGGUUUCUAAGUUUGAUAAUAGUACACUUUAAAAUAACGGUCAUUUUUGAAAAGUGGAGCACUUUAAAAAAAAAAAAAGAAAAAGGCGGAGCGAGUACCUCUGUUUUGCUAAAUGUUAAUUAGUUACUAUAGCUAUGCAAACCAAGAAAAAGUAAAAAUAAGAAUCAUAUAUGUGAUUAGUGUUGUAAAUGAUAAAAAAAUGAAUAAAAAAAGUGUCAUAAAAAGAAUAAAAUAAAAGUGAGUAGAACUUAAAAGAUGAAAAAGAAAAGAGAGUAAGAGUUAGGAAAAUGUAGGUAUUAUUGGAAACAGACUCAAAUUUUUGACAUUUGUAAAAGAACACCGGCAACUUGUAUGGCUGAUAUGGAUCACAUUAAAUAUUUUUUUGUUUUUUUUUUUGAAAGAAAGAUACAUUGAUUAUAAGUGGAUCACAUUAAAUAAUAUCGGACUCAUCGGAGUAUAAUAAUGCGCUACACAAAGUUGACUACGUUAAUUAUAAGCGGAAGUGAAGUUUACUACUGAGUAUAUAUACUUCACUUUAAAGUGAUAGAGAACAGCGCAUACAAUAUUAUUCGGCAAGAUAGGCAUGGGGGAAGAGAGCACAGUAAAAUUACAUGGAACGUGGGCAAGUCCUUGUGUUUUGAAAGCCAAACUUGCCCUUAAUAUUAAGGGCAUAGAGUUUGAGUACAUAGAGGAAGAUUUACAAAACAAAAGUGAGUUGCUGUUGCAGUAUAACCCUGUGCACAAGAGAGUGCCUGUUCUUGUGCACAAUGGGCUACCCAUUGCGGAAUCAACAAUCAUCCUCGAGUAUAUUGAUGAGACUUGGGUUCAUCCCCCGCAUUACCUCCCUAAGGAUCCCUACCUUAGGGCUAAACAUCGCUUUUGGGCCGCAAUCAUACACCAGGCAACAGAGAUAUUGGGUAAAGGGUUAAUAACAAAAGUACAGGGUAAACCAACAGAGGACACAAUGAACGAGUACUGGAAGAAGUUGGAUACUGCUGAAGAAUUUAUCAAGGCCGAGUUAUAUCCAUAUGGCUGUCCAUCUUUCCAAGAUGUGAAACCUGGAUACUUGGAUAUAGUGUUGUAUUCCCACUUAGGAACUCUUGACGUUGUCGAAGAGUUCCUUGACUAUAAGCAGUUCACUCCUGAAAGGUACCCGCUUUUGGUGAGUUGGACCAAGGCAUUGAGUGAAGUUCCUGAAAUUAAGGACGCGACACCAUCAAAACCUGAGCUCAUUGAGCUUCUUCAUGUUAUGCGGCAGAAGAACCUCCCACCAAAGGCUUAGAGGUGAUUACACUGUAUUUUCCGACUGUUUAACAUGGCUGUUGAAAGCAAGUCAUUGGUAAUCCUGUGUUUUCUUGUAAUGCUCAUUUGCAAUAUUGAUUAAAUGUAUCCCCUUAAGUAAUGUUGUAGUUUGUAUGUUAUCAUUUCAAUGAUUGAGCCUA